GAUGUUUGGAGAAUUGAGGAAGAAAAUCUGUUUCUUCUUUGUCUUAUGAUAAAGAAGUCUGUUGUCAUUUCCUCCUUUUUGGUUGGGGUAUAUGAAAAUGUUAAUGAAUGGGGGGCUCCGCGGUCCUGUGGGCUCUGCUGGCCACCCGUGUGGCGGCAGCGUUUGAGCCAGUGAGCAUGGGCAUCGCCAUUGUGGCUGUGUUAGUGCUCACCAGCUACCUGACCUACUCUGACUUGUACUGCCGCUUCACCGAGUGCUGCAAUGAGGAACGGCCCCUCAACGUGUCGGCCCUCAAGAUGGACUUGGAGGAGAAGCUGUUUGGACAGCACCUCGCCACCGAAGUGAUUCUCAAGGCACUGACAGGCUUCAGGAACAAUAAAAAAACCAAGAAACCACUGACUCUUUCCUUGCACGGCUUGGCUGGCAUAGGCAAGAAUUUUGUCAGCCAGAUUGUGGCUGAAAACCUUCACCCAAAAGGCCUGAAGAGUAACUUUGUUCACCUGUUCUUCUCUACUCUGCACUUUCCUCACAAGCAGCAGAUAAAACUGUACGAGGACCAGCUCCAGAAGUGGAUCCGAGGCAACAUGAGCGCAUGUGGCAACUCCGUCUUCAUCGGAGACGAGAUGGAUAAGUUGCAUCCUGGGAUCAUCAAUGCGAUCAAGCUCUUCCUAGACUACUAUGAGCAGGUGGAUGUGAUUUCCUACCGGAUAGCCAUCUUCAUCUUCCACAGUAAUGCAGGCAGGGACCUGAUUACUAAGACGACCCUGGACUUCUGACGGGCAAGAAGGAAGAGGGAAGAGAUCCAGCUGAAGGACCUGGAGCCCGUGCUGUCCGUGGGUGUCUUCAACAACAAGCACUGUGUUCUGUGGCACAGUGGGCUGAUAGACAGAAACCUCAUCGACUACUUUAUCCCCUUCCUUCCCUUGGAGUACAGACGCGCGAAGAUGUGUGUGCGGGCAGAGAUGCGGGCUCAGGGGGAUGCUGUCGAUGAAAACAUCGUCUCCAGAGUGGCAGAUGAAAUGAUAUUUUUACCCAAGGAUGAGAAGAUCUAUUCAGACAAGGGCUGCAAUAUAGUGCAGUCACCAUUGAGCUCCUCACCCCAUAGGGUGGGAGGAUUCAGGGGAGCCUCCUGCUCCUCCAGGGCCUUGCCUUGCCGAAGCACUUUGAAGAACCCCUUGGGGUUUGCACAUUUGCAACUGUGGACUCUGGGGAUGCUGUGGGUGCUACAUGGCAGCAGCUGA